UUUGUGCCCGGCGCGCGCUCUCCGGCGGCUCCGGCUGCAGCGACCGCUGCAUCAAUAAUUCAGAGCGGCGGCGGCGACGGCAGCGGCGGGUGCGGGCAGGAGGCGGCGGCGCCGACCGCGGACACCGAGCGGCAGCGGCGAUGCAUCCAAGUGCGGUUGGGCAGCCGCGACAUCCCUGAGGCCCCGGAGGGGCUCCGGGAGCAAAGCGCCGGGCAGGGGAGGACGCCUGUCCCGGAGCGCCAGGACGAGCGCCGGUGUCCGGGGCGGCGGCGUCGGAGCUGCGCACCGAGCCGAGGAGGGGGCUUCGGAGCGGGGCUGGGGCGGGGAGGGGGGCCGGCUGGCGCAGGCAGCCCCGGGGGCGGGGGGCGGGGUGGGCGCCGGUGGCGCGAUGCUGGGCGCCGUGGAGCUGCUGCUGCUGGGGGCUGCGUGGCUGGCGGGCCCGGCCCGCGGGCAGAACGAAACGGAGCCCAUCGUGCUGGAGGGCAAGUGCCUGGUGGUGUGCGACUCCAACCCUACGUCCGACCCCACGGGCACUGCCCUGGGCAUUUCGGUGCGCUCCGGCAGCGCCAAGGUGGCCUUCUCUGCCAUCAGGAGCACCAACCACGAGCCGUCCGAGAUGAGCAACCGCACCAUGAUAAUCUACUUCGACCAGGUGCUGGUGAACAUCGGGAAUAACUUCGACUCGGAACGCAGCACUUUCAUCGCGCCGCGCAAAGGGAUCUACAGUUUUAACUUCCACGUGGUAAAAGUGUACAACAGACAGACCAUCCAGGUGAGCCUCAUGCUGAACGGGUGGCCAGUGAUCUCGGCCUUUGCGGGCGAUCAGGACGUGACCCGGGAGGCCGCUAGCAACGGAGUCCUCAUCCAGAUGGAGAAAGGCGACCGCGCAUACCUCAAGCUGGAGCGGGGGAACUUGAUGGGGGGCUGGAAGUACUCGACUUUCUCCGGAUUCCUGGUGUUUCCCCUCUGACUGGCUCCCAGCGGGAGAGGAAGCUGGGAGAGGGCGGAGGCUAGAAGCAGGAACGGGGCAAAGGAGCGAGUGAAAUUACGCGGGCAAGCCAGAGCCAGCGGCAGGACUUCAAGUAAACUCCUAGCGCCUUCCCUAGCCCUGCCUGGUGAAAAGGGGCGCGCCCCGACGCAGUUACUGAGGUCUUUUUUUGAGAAACUGUUUUCGCUUAGCUGGGCGCGCUCCCAAUUCCAAAAACAAACUCACCUACUCCAUUCCAGUUCCAGUCAUCAAGAAAGAGACUGCCUUGUCCUUCCUAUAACGGCUUCCCGCAAUUUGUCGACAAACUUUGCAUUUCACUAUGUGUGAAAUCUGUCUCCUUUUUCCGGAAUCCUUCUACCCCCCCCCCCCCAAUGAAAUCCAACAUGUCCCCUCCCU